AUUUAACCAAACAUACCUAUCUAACCCUCUCCAUGCUUUCUUCCACAGUCUUUUAGUUUCUCUCUCUUUAAUUUUCGACUUUGCCCUUCUCUACUUCUUUCUCUCUCUAACAAAGUAACAAGUUUUCAUUCAUAUCAAAAACAAUAACGGCAUAUUCCUGGCUAUUUCUUUCUUUCUCUCUCCAUCGUCUAUACCUGUUCCAAGCUUUUCUCGGGAUAAAUACUAGACAAACGCCAAGAGUUCAAUUUUCCCGUAGAAAAUCUUUCUUGGGAUUUAUCAUUUUCAUUUUCUCGAGUAGAUUUUAUCUGGGCAUUUGAGGUGUUUUGGCCUCCGAGGUUGUCUUUGUUUUUUUUUUUUUGGUUUUUCUGGCUCUGGUUUUUUAGCGAGAAUGGUGGUGAAGAUGAUGAGGUGGCGUCCGUGGCCGCCGCUUGCGGCGAAGAAGUACGAGGUGAGGCUUGUGGUUCGGCGGUUGGAGGGUUGCGAUCUGGUGCGGGAGGGCGCAGGUGGAGUCGGAGGUGGGGAAGUGGGGAAGUUGACCGUCGAGAUUCGGUGGAAAGGACCCAAGAUGACCCUUAGCUCUCUCCGGCGACCGGUCGUCAAAAGAAAUUUUACCCGGGAAGUUGACGCUUCUUCCAUUCAAAACGGCGUCGUCGACUGGGAUGAAGAGUUUCAAAGCCUCUGCUCUUUCUCAGCCUAUAAGGACAAUGUGUUUCAUCCUUGGGAGAUCGCCUUUACUGUUUUCAAUGGUUUGAACCAAGGACCUAAGAACAAGAUUCCUGUUGUUGGAACGGCGUUAGUAAACAUUGCUGAAUUUGUUUCAGCUGCUGAACAGAAAGAGCUUGAAUUAAACAUCCCCCUUACACUUUGUGGUGGUUCAUCUGAGCCUUGUCCCACUCUUUGUUUAUCGCUUAGCUUAUUGGAGCUGAGAACUGCACAAGAAACUGCAGAGCCAGUAGAAAGAUCAAUUGUUCCUGCUUCAUCACCUUCCAGAUCAGUGGAAGCUGUUUCAACAGAAAAAGACGAACUUUCUGCGCUUAAAGCUGGUCUUAGAAAAGUGAAAAUUUUUACGGGCUAUGUUUCUUCCAGGAAAGCCAAGAAGGCAUGUCGCGAAGAAGAUGGUAGUGAGGGCAGGUGCUCUGCCAAAAGCGAUGGAGAGUAUAACUAUCCAUUUGACUCAGAUUCACUGGAUGAUUUUGAGGAAGGUGAAUCGGAUGAGGGGAAAGAGGAUGCCACAGUUAGGAAGUCAUUUAGCUAUGGAACUCUGGCCUAUGCAAAUUAUGCUGGAGGAUCAUUUUACUCAAGUGCAAGGAUCAAUACUGAAGAUGAGGAUUGGGUGUACUAUAGCAAUCGCAAAUCAGAUGUGGGAGGCUCAAAGGUCGAGGAAUCAUCUACAUCAGUCUCCGAGCCACCCUUAAUCCUAGGUUCAAAGCGUAGCUUGCUGUCAUGGAGGAAGAGAAAGCUUAGCUUUAGGUCCCCUAAAGCCAAAGGAGAACCAUUAUUAAAAAAGGGUUAUGGAGAAGAAGGUGGCGAUGAUAUUGAUUUUGAUCGUCGACAGCUUAGCUCUGAUGAAUCUCUUUCUCUAGGGAGGCAUAAAAUUGAGGAGGAUUCAUCUGCAAACAGAUCAUCAGUUUCUGACUUUGGGGAUGACAGUUUUGCCAUUGGCAGUUGGGAGCCCAAAGAAGUAACAAGCCGUGAUGGAAACAUGAAGCUUCAAACCCAGGUCUUCUUUGCUUCCAUUGAUCAGCGAAGUGAGCGGGCUGCAGGCGAGAGUGCAUGUACAGCUCUAGUUGCUGUUAUUGCUGAUUGGUUCCAAAGCAACCAAAACCACUUGCCCAUCAAGUCUCAGUUUGACAGUCUGAUCCGAGAUGGUUCUUUGGAAUGGAGGAGUCUCUGUGAGAAUGAGACAUAUAAGGAGCGAUUUCCUGACAAGCACUUUGAUCUUGAAACAGUCCUACAAGCCAAAAUACGCCCCCUUUCUGUAGUUUCACAGAAAUCCUUUAUUGGGUUUUUCCAUCCUGAAGGAAUAAUGGAUGAGGGUCGGUUUGACUUUUUACAUGGUGCUAUGUCCUUCGAUAAUAUUUGGGAUGAAAUUAGUCGUGCUGGUUCUGAAUGUCUAAGCAGUGGUGAACCGCAAGUGUAUAUUGUCAGUUGGAAUGAUCAUUUCUUCAUUCUCAAGGUGGAACCUGAAGCAUACUAUAUUGUUGACACCUUGGGGGAGAGGCUCUAUGAAGGCUGCAACCAGGCCUACAUCUUGAAAUUUGACUGUAACACUGUAAUUCACAAGAUGUCAAAUGUGACACAAGGUUCGGAAGAUAAAACAGCCAGUGAACAGCAGAUUGUGGCCGCAGCAGCAGAAACCAAGAGCCAAUUGAUCGAUUUGAAUUCACCCACUGUAGAUGAGUCACUGGUAACCAAGCCAGAGGAACCAAUGAAGGAAGAGGAGGUUGUUUGUAAGGGAAAGGAAUCUUGCAAAGAGUACAUAAAGAACUUCUUGGCCGCAAUUCCUUUAAGGGAAUUGCAGGCAGAUAUGAAGAAAGGAUUAAUGGCAUCCAUUCCUCUUCAUCAGCGGUUGCAGAUUGAGUUCAACUACACUCAGUCCCUUCAGCCAUUGCCUGAUGUCCCAGUAGCUGAAGCGGCGUCGGUUACUCCACUAGCUGAGGUUUCUAUAACUGAGUUUGCCACCUAAAAUGUAAAUUGUUAGGAAGUGUGAUUACUCUAACUUGUUUUUUUUUUUUUCGUCUGUCUUGUUUUAAUCAUAUGUAUGUUCUCAUGUGAGUUGGGUUAACCAAGAGGAAACUGUCUAAAGCUUAUUCAGUGUAAUGAAGAGGGUUAAUAGGGUUGUGUCUAUCUUAAGUUAGAAUGGAAAUGAAAAAAAUGUCCUGUAAAAUUUCCAAUUUUGAAAGCUUUGUUCUUAUCUGUAUUAUCUGUAUCUGCCUACUAAGUGUGGCAACUUCCUUCAAUCUGUAAAUGAACCUUUUACUCCAAUUUGGUCAAUGCUUCUGAUAUUUACUUU